AUGACGGUGGCCGCACGCGCCGUGAUUGACGGUGACGGACAGGAUCCAUUCACAACAAAUGUCCCGGUGUGCCUGUCUCUCCUCAGCCCUAUUCAAGAUGAGCAUACGUCAACAGGAAGCCCGCUGGUCGGCCCAAACCGGAUUGAUUCCGCAGUGCAACGCCGAAUGCCGUCCGUCACCAUUGUCACGGGUCGCCGCCGGCCACUCGUCAACCGGUCGGUCGGUCAUCGCCCACAGAACGCGUCGAGUGAAUGA